UCGAAUGCAGCAUGUAGUCCCGCAUGUGAGCCCAAAUCAAGGGAGGCCAUUUUCUUGGCAGGCGCUUGACGCAGCCCCCGAAUUUAUAAUGGGGAUCCAAUGCACUUGGACACUCCAGCGGGUUCAAUUUAGGCCUUCCGUUUUGUUCCGGUGUAUUAAUACUAAUCCAAGACCAAAUUCUCUUCGCUCAUCUGUUUUCGCCACCAUGUCCUCCGUUUCCACUGAAAAGAGCGUCGAUUCUGACCAGAAAGGAUCGAACAACGACACUCAGAAGCCAUUGCAGGUUUCGAAUCGGCUUGAAAAGUUCAAAACAACCAUUUUCACUAGAAUGAGUAACUUAGCGAUCCAAUAUGGCGGAAUAAACCUCGGCCAAGGCUUCCCGAACUUUGACGGUCCCGAAUUUGUAAAGGAAGCAGCAAUUCAAGCCAUCAAGGACGGGAAAAAUCAAUACGCUCGUGGAUAUGGAGUGCCAGAUUUGAACUUGGCCAUUGCUGAGCGAUUCAAGAAAGAUACUGGACUUGUGGUCGACCCCGAGAAGGAAGUUACCGUUACCUCCGGGUGCACCGAGGCAAUUGCUGCAACCAUGCUUGGCUUAAUAAAUCCUGGUGAUGAGGUGAUCCUUUUUGCUCCUUUUUAUGACUCUUAUGAAGCCACUCUAUCAAUGGCUGGUGCCAAAAUCAAAUGCAUCACGUUACGCCCUCCAGAUUUUUCGAUCCCUAUAAAUGAGCUCAGGUCUGCAAUCUCAAAGGAUACUCGAGCAAUCCUUAUGAACACGCCCCACAACCCAACGGGAAAAAUGUUCACGAAGGAUGAAUUGAACGAGAUUGCUUCUCUCUGCAUCGAGAACGAUGUGUUAGUUUUCUCUGAUGAAGUUUAUGACAAGUUAUCUUUCGAAAUGGACCACAUCUCCAUAGCCUCUCUUCCAGGAAUGUACGAGCGCACCGUUACGAUGAAUUCAUUAGGAAAAACAUUCUCCCUCACCGGUUGGAAGAUCGGGUGGGCGAUCGCUCCACCUCACUUGACAUGGGGCGUUCGACAGGCACACGCUUACCUUACUUUCGCUACCUCCACUCCAAUGCAGUCAGCUGCUGCUACAGCUCUCCGAGCACCCGAUUCUUACUACGAGGAGCUGAAGAAGGACUACAUGGCAAAGAAAGCCAUUUUAGUAGAGGGACUGAAUGCAGUUGGGUUCAAGGUGUUUCCAUCAAGCGGAACCUACUUUAUCAUCGUCGAUCACACCCCUUUCGGGCUGAAGAACGACGUCGAGUUUUGCGAGUAUCUGAUCAAAGAAGUCGGCAUUGUUGCUAUUCCGACGAGCGUGUUCUACCUAAACCCAGAAGAUGGGAAGAAUCUAGUGAGAUUUACAUUCUGCAAAGAUGAGAACACACUCAGGGCGGCGGUGGAGAAGAUGAAGGAGAAGCUAGUUGGGAAGUAAGUCCUGAUUGAUCAGAGCAACCUUAGUUUCGUCGAACAAUAAAAUUUUCACUCACAAAUGCUUCCAUUGGUGUCGCUUUUAAGUUAGCUGUUUUCCCAGCUGCUUUGCUCUUCAAUUUAUUGCAUCAAUCAAUGGAUAAAUCUAAUCGAAUAACGAUUUCAGUUGUUUUUUU